AUGGCUACAUCCAACGGCGAGAAAAGCUUGAUCGUGAGCUUCGGCGAGAUGCUCAUCGAUUUCGUUCCCACCGUCUCCGGCGUAUCCCUCGCAGACGCUCCUGGCUUCAUCAAGGCUCCCGGUGGUGCACCUGCCAACGUCGCGAUCGCCAUCUCCCGCCUCGGCGGUCGCGCUGCGUUCGUUGGAAAACUCGGUGACGACGAGUUCGGUCACAUGCUCGCCGGGAUCUUGAAACAGAACGGCGUCUCCGCCGAAGGAAUCAAUUUCGACACCGGAGCCAGGACGGCACUCGCUUUCGUGACCCUAAGAUCCGACGGAGAACGUGAGUUUAUGUUCUACCGCAACCCUAGCGCCGAUAUGCUCCUCCGUCCCGACGAGCUCAAUCUCGAUCUCAUCAGAUCUGCUAAGGUAUUCCACUAUGGAUCAAUAAGCUUGAUCGUUGAGCCAUGUAGAUCCGCUCACCUGAAGGCCAUGGAAGUGGCUAAAGAAGCCGGUGCGUUGCUCUCGUAUGACCCAAACUUGAGGCUUCCUUUGUGGCCUUCGAAGGAGGAGGCUCAGAAGCAGAUUCUUAGCAUCUGGGACAAAGCUGAAGUGAUCAAAGUCAGCGACGAAGAGCUUAUGUUCUUGACGGGAUCUGAUAAGGUCGAUGAUGAGACUGCUUUGUCUCUGUGGCACUCUAAUCUGAAGCUUCUCUUGGUCACUUUGGGUGACAAGGGUUGUAGAUACUACACCAAGGGCUUCCGUGGAUCUGUUGAUCCUUUCCAUGUGAACGCAGUGGAUACAACUGGUGCUGGUGAUUCAUAUGUUGGUGCCUUGCUUUGCAAGAUCGUUGAUGACCGUGCUGUGCUCGAGGACGAAGCUCGUCUAAGAGAAGUGCUUAGGUUUGCGAAUGCUUGUGGAGCCAUUACAACUACGAAGAAAGGAGCAAUUCCAGCUCUUCCUACAGAGUCUGAGGUUCAGAGUCUCCUCAAAGGGAACUGA